UCAUCGUAACCCGACCUUGUGGGGCGUUACUGUUUAUUCCAGUCGCAAGCUCGCCUAGUCAAGUGUCGAUUAAAAAACAACAACUGUAAAUUGAUUAUUUAACAGCUCCAGUAACAAGGAAGAAGACUGAAAUCUAAACAGCAUUCGGGUAUUUCUUUGGUUUCAGCUCGGGUGGGUGUUAUUUGUUCAAACAAGGAAGUAUGAAGCCCUCUCUUAAAACAUCUCCUGGGCACAAGUGUGACAUUGAGGUAGAAACCACAGCGGAACGUCGACCAUGGCAAUUGCUUCACCUGUUGUCUUGGUCGCAGUUUUCUCCCUGACAUGGAGCGCAGGUACAAACGUCUCCACCGGACAUUGCAGGUGUAAUGAGACACGACUGCAGCUGGUCGUUGAUUGUUCCAGCUGUGACUUAAACUCUGUUCCCAACAAUUUACGUGUGGGUGUAGAAGUACUAAUUCUCUCCCACAACAAUAUUCGCCAUCUCAACAAAAGCCUUAACAGAUAUCAAAACCUACAAAGUUUAGACAUUUCCUAUAAUAACCUCAUAGGUCUGAACGAAACAGAUUUCAUCAAUAUGUUGAAUUUAGAAUUCCUAGAUGUUUCCAGCAACAGGGAUCUUGGACUUGCAAAUGUUGGGAUUGGGCUAUCUGGGUUAAAAAACUCAUCACUGAAGAUUCUGAAAGCGAAUCGAUUACACAGAUACCAAGGGCCGGGGAUUGUUGUGAGGCGUCAGGAUUUGGAGUUUGUUCAGCACACCAAAAUAGAGGAAAUUCAUCUGGAUGGAAACAGGAUCGAGCUAAUGGAUUGCACAGUUCCUUUGCUAAUGCCAAGGUCACUAAGACGAAUAUCCCUUAAGAACAACAUGUUUAUAUUUGGCUUGUACUUACUAACAUCUUCAGAGUUAACAAUCGAGUGGGCUGAUUUUUCUCAACAGCACUCUUCCUAUAUUCGUCCAUUUUCGGUUGACGAGAUGUUAACAGUAAAUUCAGCUAAGAAUGAGAGGAUUGGGGAUGUUAGUCAACCAUGGCCAAACUGCGAGAGCAAACUUUCUAUUAACAAGGCUCCUGUAGGACUUUCUGACGGACCAUGGCCUGGUAACUGGACAAUAUUCAUUCCUCCUAACAUGACAUUUCUCAAUGUUAGUUCAUCAAAACUGAGUUUCAAUAUUCUAAGGAUGGGGCUCGGCCCGAAUAACUUAAAACAACUGGAUUUGUCUUACAACUUCUUCACACGUUGGGAAGGCCCAGUGUUUGGAAUAGACACAAUAGAAAUCCUUGAUGUGUCACAUAACUACUGCGGAUACAUUCACGACAACUUUAUCCCAAAUCCAAAUUCUGUAAAAACAUUAAAGGCUAACUCAAAUUACCUGGGACUAAGUCUAGGUAAUAACAGUUUCAGUAGCCUUGUUAAUCUUGAGAAUCUGGUCCUAUCGGACAAUAAAAUAAGUUCUCUCCCACCCAAUAUCCUAAAAGAUCUGUGGUCUCUUCAAUCUUUAGAUAUUAGUUCUAACAGUUUGAACUCUUGGGAUACAGACAUUGAAAGCAUGUCUAAUUUGACAAAGCUUGACCUCUCCAGUAACCUCUUUACAGAAAUUCCACAACGUCUAAGGUUUCAUAUAGAUAACAUUUUUCCUCAUAGUUUUAAACUUGUUGUGCAUAAUAAUCCUUUAAAAUGUGACUGUCUUACGCUGCCCUCCUUAAAAUGGAUGGAACGAAAAGGGGAAGGGGUCGGUGAUAUUCAAAUGUUGACUUGUAAAUUUGUUGAUGGUAGAGAACUCAAUAUGACAAAAUUACAUGGUAUUGUCAUGGACCUUGAGAAGAUAUGUGCCUCAUAUGUUGGCAUUAUGAUAGGGGCUCUUAGCAUUGUGUUUUUAAUUCUUGGUGUAGGUAUCUCUGGGGUCGCCUACCGAUACAGAUGGCGUCUGAGGUACUUGUACUAUUUGGUCUUGAACAGAUACCGUGGCUAUAUUCCUGCAAGGGAUGAAGAGCAAGAAUUCGAAUUUGAUGCUUUUGUCUCAUAUGCUGAUGAAGAUCGUACUUUCGUUGUUAGGGAUAUGAGGCAGAUUCUUGAAGAGCAAGAGAGAUCAGAGGACAAUUUCAGUCUGUGCAUCCACCAUAGAGACUUUCUUCCAGGAGAAGCCAUCGCGGCCAACAUCCUGAAAGCCAUCAGUUCCAGCAGAAAGACUGUGGUGAUCCUGACCAGGAACUUCCUGAAGAGCUACUGGUGUAGAUACGAGAUGGAGAUGGCCAAGAUGGAGAGUAUCUACACUGGAAGGAACACCUUGCUGGUUGUAGUCAUGGAGGACAUUCCUGUGAAGGAUCUUCCUGUGGAUAUAGUGGAGGUGAUGAGACGGGACUCGUACGUGGAGUUCACAGAUGACAUGGAGGGGAAUGCAGUGUUUUGGCACAGCUUGAAGAGAGGCCUUCGAGGAUAAAAUACGAAUUGGGAGAAACACAGAGAAUAGUUUGAAGGUGAUUUAUAUAGCCAUUUUUUAACAGAUAGGAUUAGUCAUCUGUUGUGUGUAUAUCUAAAUGUUUGUUUCAACACAUUUGUAACAAGCAAAGAACCGUUUAUUGUACAGUUCAUAUCACUGUACGCGCCCUUGCGAUAGUUUGAAUCCGUUUUGAAUAGCCUUGAGAAUCUUACUGCAGGUGUAUUGUCUAGAUGUACUACAUAUAAAAAUGCCAGUUGCUUAGGAAGAUACCUUUUUGUGACCCAACUGAACCAAUGCAUACCAGACCUGCUUUAACUGACGAAUAUGCUCCGAAGUUUGGCGUGCAUUUCCAGUCUAGAUCUUGCCGUUGUAAAUAGUGUCCUGUAUGAAACUAAGACAUUUUCUCUGUCAUUAGGAGAAUCAGUAAUUCCUAGAUUGUUGUACAUCGUAAAAUGUAUUGUGAAGAAUAAUAAAGUGAGGUUUGUGUAA